AUGGAGAGGACGCAGGGCUUCUUCGCGGCGCUGAAGCAGGAGGUGGCGCGCGGGCUGUCGCCGGCGAGGGCGCGCCGGAGGUCCGAGUCGGCCGACCUCGACGCCGCCGCGCUCCGGUUCUCCGGCCCGGGGGAGAUGCUCGCGCCGCUCAUGGAGGGCCCCGAUCCGGAGUCCGGCGACGGCUACGGCCGCGCCGCCGGCGGCGCCAGGAGGGAGGGCUGGGGCCGCUGGGUGCGCGGCCAGCUCGCGCGCACGCCCUCCUCGGUCGCCGCCGCGGCGGCCGGCGCCGGCGCCGCCCGCAACGACCUCCGCCUCCUCCUCGGCGUCAUGGGCGCGCCGCUCGCGCCCGUGCACGUCUGCGCCGCCGAGCCGCUCCCGCACCUCAGCAUUAAGGACACCCCCAUCGAGACCUCGUCGGCGCAGUACAUUCUGCAGCAGUACCUGGCGGCCUCUGGUGGGCACAGGCUCCUCGCCUCCGUGCGCAACUCCUACGCCAUGGGCAAGGUGCGCAUGGUGGCCACCGAGUUUGAGAACGCCGGCCGCCUAGUCAAGAACCGCAAUGCGGCUCGCUGCGCCGAGCCAGGCCGCUUCGUGCUAUGGCAGAUGGCUCCUGAGAAGUGGUACAUCGAGCUGGCUGUCGGUGGGAGCAAGGUGCAUGCCGGCUGCAAUGGCAAGCUUGUGUGGCGCCAUACCCCGUGGCUCGGCUCCCAUGCCGCCAAAGGCCCUGUUCGCCCCCUCCGCCGUGCUCUGCAGGGCCUGGAUCCACUCACUGCAGCGAGCAUGUUUGCCGGUGCACGGUGCAUUGGGGAGAGGAAGGUGAACGGGGAGGAUUGCUUCAUCCUGAAGCUGUGCACUGACCCAGAGACCCUCAAGGCACGGACCGAGGGCCUCGCCGAGAUCAUCAGGCAUGUCAUGUUCGGGUACUUCAGCCAGAGGACCGGCCUCCUCGUCCACAUCGAGGACUCACACCUGACGCGGAUUCAGUCAACAACCGGCGGGGAUGCGGUCUACUGGGAGACCACCAUCAACUCAUUCAUCGAGGACUACCGGCCGGUGGAUGGCAUCAUGAUUGCGCACUCGGGGCGCUCGGCCGUGACCCUGUUCCGCUUCGGCGAGGUGGCCAUGAGCCACACCAAGACUCGGAUGGAGGAGGCGUGGAGCAUCGAGGAGGUUGCGUUCAAUGUCCCUGGCCUGUCCAUGGACUGCUUCAUCCCACCCACCGACAUCAAGUCUGGAUCUGUUAGUGAGACCGUCGAGCUCCCUCAUGGUGGUGAGAAGAGCAAGUUCGGUCCUCCCCCUGGUCACCGCGCCAAAGUUGCUGCGCUGGAGAAGACGGAUGGUGGCGAGCUAGCAUGGAGGGGAGCCCAUACCUGA